CAAUUUUUAAAUGUCAUUUUCCACAUGUUUAAAACUAGGAAGAAAGUUUUCACCGAAUUCUUUUAACUUAAGUUAAACUUUCUAAUUUUUAACUUAUAAGGCUUUAUUUACCAUUUUAGUUUGUGUCUUAUUAUUUGUGACCGAUUUUUUUGAAAUUUUAAUCGGUGAUGUCAAUCUAACCUAAAAAAUAUCCCUUAAAAUGUUUAAUACAUCGAAAGUUUUACCUAUUUUACCUCUUAAAUCCAACCUAAAGACACAAAUCCGUAAUAUAUCAUUUCGAAAAGUUUCUGCUUGGUAUAGAAAUUGGUUUUAUUCAAAAACAACACCUCCAUACAGUCAUAUCGUACAAAUUGGUGAUCCAAUUUUACGAGUUAAAGCCGAAAACGUCCCCGAUAGUUUAAUACACACAACGGAACUGAAAAACUUAAUCAAACAAUUACAAUAUGUUAUGAAAAAAUAUAAUUCCAUUGGAAUAUCAGCUCCACAAAUUGGUGUUCCAUUGCGAAUAUUUUUAAUGGAAUUAAAUCAUAAGAAUUUAGAACGAUUUCCAAAAGAUGUUCGAAAAACACGACAAAUUGAACAUAUACCGUUCACUGUUUUUAUAAAUCCUGUUUUAAGGGUUUUGGAUUAUAAGAAAGCUACGUUUCCAGAAGCUUGUGAAAGUUUUCGAGGAUAUACAGCGGAUGUUCCUCGACAUAUUAGCGUACAAUGUUCUGGUUUAAAUGAAUUAGGCAAAAAAGUUUCAUUAAAUAGUCAGGGUUGGACUGCAAGAGUUAUUCAACAUGAAAUGGAUCAUUUAGAUGGAAAAAUGUAUACGGAUUUAAUGGAUCGUCCAUCAUUAUCAUGUUCCUGUUGGCAAGCUGUAAAUGCUCAUUCUGGUCGUAUUUCAAUACCGUUUGCACCAUAAACAUUUUUAAAGUUUUAUUUUAUGUAUUAUUUAUAGAAAAUGUAAAGAUCGUUAACUAUAUGAUUGUACAAAUUAAGAUUAAACGCAAUCAUUAUUUGUUAAAUAUCA